CUCCCUUCCCGUGUCUUCGAGCGGCGGCCGCCAGAGGCGGGCUGGGUGCCUUUCCAUCAGCUGUGGCGCCAGCGCUGCGGGGCCCGAGCUCGGGUCUUUUUCAACCAAUCCGGACUAGCUUCAUCCAAAUUUUUUUUCUUUCCUCCCUUCCUUGUUUCUUUCAUUUUUUUUCUUCCCAUUCUCUUUUUUUGAAUAUCCCUGCAUUUUUAAAAUCUCAAGAUGGUGCAGAAGAAAACAGAGCUCAAAGGCUUCCAUCGUUCUUUUAAGGGCCAGAAUCCAUUUGACCUGGAAUUCUCUCAGUCAAAUCACCUGGAGUCUGUCUUCAAUUUCGAAUGUUCCUCCCGGCCCGAUAUGCCUUCGAGUCAGCCCAUAGACAUCCCCAAUGCCAAGAAAAGAAACAAGAAGAAAAAACGCUGUAGAGCCACGGACAGUUUUUCAGGGAGGUUUGAAGAUGUUUACCAGCUCCAAGAAGAGGUCCUCGGAGAAGGAGCACAUGCAAAAGUCCAGGCCUGUGUUAACCUCAUUACUAAUAAGGAGUAUGCAGUGAAGAUCAUUGAGAAGCGUCUUGGACACAUCCGAAAUCGGGUAUUCCGAGAGGUGGAAAUGCUGUAUCAGUGCCAAGGACAUAGGAACAUCCUGGAGCUGAUAGAGUUCUUUGAGGAAGAGGACCGGUUCUACCUCGUGUUUGAGAAGAUGAGGGGAGGCUCCAUCUUAACUCACAUCCAUCGUCGACGCCAUUUCAACGAGCUAGAGGCCAGCAUGGUGGUGCACGACAUAGCCAGUGCCCUUAAUUUCUUGCACAAUAAAGGAAUAGCACAUAGAGAUUUAAAACCAGAAAAUAUUCUCUGUGAGAGUUCAAAUCAGGUUUCCCCGGUGAAAAUCUGUGAUUUUGAUUUAGGAAGUGGGAUCAAGCUGAACGGUGAUUGUUCCCCCAUCUCCACCCCAGAGCUACUCACUCCGUGCGGUUCAGCAGAAUAUAUGGCCCCAGAAGUGGUGGAGGCAUUUAACGAAGAAGCCUCGAUCUAUGACAAGCGCUGUGAUUUGUGGAGCCUGGGAGUAAUUCUGUACAUCAUGCUGAGUGGCUACCCCCCCUUUGUGGGUCACUGUGGGACUGACUGCGGCUGGGACCGUGGUGAAGCGUGCCCCGCUUGCCAGAAUAUGUUGUUUGAAAGCAUUCAGGAGGGGAAGUAUGAAUUCCCGGACAAGGACUGGGCUCACAUCUCUUUUGAAGCUAAAGACCUCAUUUCAAAGCUUCUUGUAAGAGAUGCCAAAAAGCGUCUGAGUGCGGCCGAAGUCCUCAAGCAUCCGUGGGUACAAGGGUGUGCUCCUGAUAACACGCUUCCCACUCCAAUCAUCCUACAAAGGAACAGCAGUGCCAAAGAGUUGACAUCCUUUGCCGCUGAAGCCAUUGCCGUCAACCGUCAGUUAAUGCAGCACGAGGAAGAGGCUGCGGAGGAGACCCACCCCAUUAUCAUCAAAGCUACCUCAUGCUCUAUGCACCUCUCGCCCCCUUCCGAAUCCAAGCUGGCCAAACGGAGACAGAAGACAGGCAUGGCUAAAGCGAACCCCAGCCAGCAUCUGGUUACCCCGUUGGUCCUGGUUGGGGAUCACAUGUGACUGCCUUUCCUUAUAUACGUCCAUUCUUCCAUUCCCCCCCUCCUUCUGUCUUUUCGGACAAAAAGGUCUGCUUGAAUAGCUUAAAAAAGAAAAAGAGAUCAAGUUGGCUGGUUUCCAAGGAUUCUUUUUUGUUUCUGAUCUUUUUCAACACAGGUUGUUUCAUUUCUUGUUCCUUUCUCUCUCUUUUUUAAAAAGGUAUUUAAACUCUUAUCCACCCCCCCUGCUUCCCCUCUUCCCAGUGCAUUUUGAUACACAUGUAGUUUUUGCUUAAAAGGUUUAAAAAAAAAGUUGCCCUUUCCUCCCCACUGAAGGAUAGCUUAUCUGGGGGGUGGGGAGUGCUGUUUCCCCCUCCCUCUCUCAGCUUCUUGUACUGUGAAAAGAGGGGAAGGAGAAACCCUUUCCCUUGUCUGCCCACCCCAGCCUGAACUUUUAAACGUAGCAUUUAUAUGUUUGAGAGUGUUUGCUUUUUUAUGUUUGUUUUAAUUUUGUUCUUGCUAUUGAUUUCUUUUGUUAAAAAAACAAACCCUUAACUACUCAGAUUCUGCACCUAAAAAUUUCUGUAUGGUUUAAGGGUGGGUGGGGAUUUAUUUUGUCUCUUUCCCAAAAGCACUGGAGUGACUUCAGGGGGGAAAACAAUUACAGUCCAUGGAUUGUAUGAGUGUUCAUUUAUGGGGAAUUUAGGGAAAAUUGCAGAGUCUUCCCUAAAACUGUACGGAUUCUAUAAGCUGAAAGUAGUAGUAUCUGGGAUUUAAAUAGAAGGGGGAAGUGGGGAAAGGAAACCCAAGUGCAUAGGGUGGGAUUCCUUCUCCCCACCCCCUGGAAAAGUUCACAGCACUUAUUUUGUAUUUUGUGUUUUGUUCUAGUUCUUCUCAAGGGGCCAAGCUGCAGAUGAUACAAGAAACCUAUUUUGUUUUAAUCCAGAUAUGUCCCGUUAAAAUGGGAGGGGUCCAAUUUUUUUUAAAAGCAAAAGGGAUGCAUGUUUUAGGAUCUACCAUAGUUGAAUCUAAUCCCUUAUGUUUUUUCCUGUUUGAUAAGGGGACAUAAUGGAGAGGUGAGAAAUGUUCUGGUCAAAAGGAAUGAUUUUACUACUUCCAUAGAGUAAGCUCUUGCGAAAAAAGUAAGGUUUAAUCUGAACGGAAAGUAGUCAACAUUAAUUAAACCAUCCUCUGCAGGGCUGUAAAAACUUUGCAAAAAUAUUCAUAGAGAUAUGUAUAAUGCUUCUGAGUUUGCAAAUGUAGAAGGCCCUAUAGUAGGUGAAAUUCAGUGGCAGAAUAGUUUAUGGCAAUCCUUUACAACUUUUGGUGACUGUUUUUUUAAUUCUUUAUUAUUUAAAAAAAACUGAGGUGAUGCAUUGUGUUUGAUCUCCCCAUCCCAAAGGCAAAAUAUGGCUUGAGGGAAUUAUGUUGAAAUAUUUCCCAGGCUUUGGAGCCUUUAAACUUUGGUUCUACUUAUACUGAACCAGUAUAGAUCGGAUUCCUCAGGGAUGGUUGCUUCCUACGGGGACUAAUUAAUACUGGGAACCUCUAGCUUCCCCUCCCCUCAUCCUCUACAGAACUACAGUUCUUAUAGUUCUGGGUUUUGUGUAAGAGAAUAACAACACAUCUAGUUUAAAGCUAGACCUGCUGUAAGCUUGUGAAUUGGGGGGGGGGCAGAACUGUAAUCAAACUCAGGAUGUUGCAUACAGAUGUGCUAAAAUGGUCAAAAACUUGCUUUUUGGAAUAGGGGAAGGUAGAGAAACAGCUGGUGUACUUGGAUGCACAUGGUGUCUCAUAGAAGGAACUGGAGGAUUCAGUGUUUGAAAGGUUUUGUUUUGUUUUUUAAACUGGUUUCAACAUGUGAAAUUGAAGCAGGCAGCAAGUAGCAUAAUCUGGUGAAAUUCUGGCGGGAGACCCUCCAGAAAGAUGUGAAGAGAGACAACAGUAGUAUUUGGUCAGUGGUCCUGUUUGGCUUGAUCCUCUUCUCAUCACCCAGCCUGGCCUGAGCGUUUUGGACCAGCAUCAAUGUAAGCAUUGCCAGACAAUUGCCAAUGGUUUUGCUGUCUGCUGUCUGGGCCUUGUGAUUUUCUCCACCCCUCCAUUGUAUUCCAGCGUUGAACAACUAAGCGUGAGAGUCAUAAUGUGAAUUGCCUGCAUUAUGAGGAACCAAGACUAAGGAGCAUUGUGGGAAAUUAAAUGGCAGGUCCCAGCUACUGCAUCAUGAUCGGUGUUGCUUGGCUGCUGCCUAUUGAUGCUAAGUCUAGAGGAGCGGGCCAACCAGAGGGCAUUUCUGUGGGGUCCCCUUCAGUCCUGAUACCACUCUUGAUGUGAGGCUGUCCUUAAUGUUUCGUCAGCACAUCAUUGGGUGUUGAUACCCUUUUUCACCGUGGAUCAGUCAUGGUGGACAAGAGGUGCCUCUAAGGACAUUAUUUCAUGUUAAUCAGUCGAGAGCUGAAGGAGGAAAAAGGCACACCGUGUUCCUCUCAAAGGCUGGAAUACAAUGAAACAUGGUGCUUUCCAGGCACACCUGGAAAUUAGACUGUUGGCUCUUUGUGUCGGCUGGGGGAGACUCAGACCUGUGGGAUGAGCCCCCCUCCCCCUUUCCCCCCUGCUCUUAGACAUAUAUAGGCCCAAGUCCUGCUCUCAAAAUUUCUCAAAAAGACUGCACACACAUCCAGGCAGUGGAAAUGUUUGUACGUAAAUCAGUAUUGCAUCAUGAUAUUGAUUGGAAAAUAUUCUUGAGUAUGUGUGUGGUGCCUUGAUACGGUGGCAGCUGUGACUAGGGUGUGGGUGGGCAGACACUUCUGCCAUGCUCAAAUCCAGUAUUCUUUCUGCCUGUCUUUCUUUAUGCAUCAGCAACAGGGCCAGCAGCCAUAUGCGUUCUUGCUUGGGAGCAACUCCUGCUGAAUUCUGUUGGAUUGGCUUCCAAGAAAGCAUGUGUAGGACUGGUUGAUGGGCAGAGGACUGCAUUUCUAAGUGUACAGGUAUGGAUGGGAAGGCUUACGGAAUCUACUGGGCUUCCUUAAGAGGAAUCAAGGGGAGGAUCAACCUGUUAGCUUUGCUUUGAAAGUGAAAGUAGUUUUAAAACUAGCUAGAGAGGUGGUUUUGAAACUUAGUGUGGUUUGCUGUGCAUGGCAAGGGAAAAUCUUGCUUAUUGUCUUAAGGUCAGUUUGACCUGUCUGUUCUUCUUUCUAAGCCUUGGGAAUUUUUUAUCCAGUGAUACGAGGUGGAUCCUCUCCAGUACUUUCGCAGAAUUGGUUGAACAGCCAUGUGUAUAAACUCAUCUUGAGUGGUUGUGACAAAACAUCUGCCAUUGACCUCAGCUCCUAUCCAGAUGUGCACGUAUGGGCAUGUGGGCGUAUGUGAUCUAAGAAUGAUGCUUGUCUCAGAAUAAAGACUUUUUUUUAAAGUAACAAUACUAUGCAAAGAAGUUUGAACUCUUUUUGCAGAGAAAGAGAAGUAAUUUUUUUUUCAGAUGCCAAAACUGCAGGAUACUGAUUUUUUUGAUAAGUGUGGAGGCUUGUAAAAUAACUUGUCACCUCCUUUCUUUUCUACUUUUGAUAUUUUUCUCUACUUCCUUGACAGAGGGUAAAACAGACAGAUCCCCCUUCUAGUAUUAUGGUUUGCUUUUUAUGACCGUGCAGUCUAGAUGCUCUUUCAUUAGUGAAUGGGGAGGGAAGAAGGGACAGUCUGGAAUGUGAGGUGCAGAAUACACUGGUAGCUGAGCAGGCUAAAGCAUUGGAGAAAUUAUUUUUUAAAGCAAAGGACUUUUAUGUAUUUCAGAACAAAAUUCUAUAUAAGUUUGGAUUUUGUUAUAGAUGACAAAUCUUAGUCUUGUGGCAAGAAAUCACUUGAACAUACAGUGGUGGGCUCACGCCAUUUUGUUCAAAAAAGCUGUCCCAUACAGUAGCUGUAGAAUAGGGCCUCUAGGGAUGACCUAUUCAACCCUUUCAGGAUAAGAAGCAAAGGCACCAGCUUCCAGUUUGGAUAGCAACCAUGCUUGUUGCUAAGCAUGCUAGACUUGUAUCGAAAAGAAGCUGGGAAACUUGGACAGUGUUUGCACAACAAAUUUUAGACCAGUGUGGAAAUUUGACAUGCUCUCUUGCCUUUCUGCCCCAAGCCCCGUACUAUUCUAAUUCAAAUGGUUCUAAACUGGUUUUAAAUUGUUCAGUGGGACAUAGUAUGCAUUGUUCCUGCUUUUUUGUUGUUGUUGUUCUUGCUGUGUCAGUCCUUGAAAAGAAACACGGUUUUAAGAACAGUGUAUCAAAAGUUACGAGUGUAUUUACAGUUUUUUUUCCCCCUCAAGAGCAUCCAUUCCCCAGAAGUGACAUGGUACCUGUAUUUGGCCGAGCAUUUUAGCUUGGUCUGCAAAAUCUCUAAGCCACUUUGAUCAUAGGCCAGUGUGUGCUUGGCUUAACUGAGAAACAGAUGUUUAUGUCCUCCUCCCCAACCAUUUGGGAUACUACUUUGGGAGGGGAAGAACUGCCUCUUACUUCCCCCCAUUUUAUUAAUAAUAAAGGGCCAAAAUGGGUGUACCAGAGACUCCUGGGAUGCCUGUGGUAUACUGAUAGGUUGGGAAUGGUGGACAGUGACUUGUAUCUUUCAAACCAGCAUUCUUUAGAUGAAACAUGUGCUGUGCAUCGGUCUUUUUUAACUAAGGAUACUUCUCAGGAUUAUGUCAGCAUUUGAAGGAUUGCUCAGAGAUCCCUUUUUUGUCUCUGAUUUGUGCCUGAUACUUAAGAAACAAAACAUCCUAGAUAAUUUAUUAAGUGUUUGGAAUUGUAUGACAGAAUUGUGCACGGUUACAGAAUAAAAUCAUGCAGAGCGCCAAAUAAUAGCUUUUGCAUCCCCUCCUGUGUAUUAUUCAUCUUAACAUAAUAGCCUGUCUCUGCAAGUUUGCACAUUUUUUUAGUAUGUGCAAGAGCAGUGGGUCAGAGUUGAGACCCAGGAAAGUAACUGGGUGUGCUUUUUAAUUGGUGAGGUUUUUAAAACAAAUACAUCAUUUUUGGCAGUGUGGGUGAAGUGAAGCAAUCACGUAUAAAAACAUCACUAAGAUCAUCCCUUACUCCAGGAUGGUGAAUGAACUGAAUAUCUGUGAAAGGAUUCAUGUGUGCCCAAAAGAGAACUCUGUCCUGUCUUCUAUUUUGAAAGGAUGACAUUUCUAUGGCCCACCGAAAUGGGUGGUUGUGGUCUGUUGGCACUGGGGUGUAUUUUUUUUAAAGGCUUCUUUCAAAAUGACAUAACUUCCCUUAUUUCCUUUGCAAUGUGGAAUUCCAUCUUGGUUUGGAGUUGAUUUUGCAACAUGAAGGUGCAUCGCAGUUCAGGUUUUGAAUGAAGUAUAUUAAGUGCAUCCAAAUUCCACACUCAACUUGGAGGGAGAUACUGUGAGCCACGGAUGGCUUUUUUGCACUUGAUGUAGUAGCCCAUGCUGAAAUUUCAUCAUAGUUAAUUUGAGUGGGAAAUGGGCUGAAGGCUAGGAAGUUGGCAUUUGGGGCACAUUCUUUCCCAAAUCUUAUAGCGCAGCUAAACUAAAAAUGGUUUUUUUUGGUUGCUGGGUUUUCUCUGAUGAUCUAAAGGUGGAAAAAAAAUGGAACCCACUUUAAUAUGGGAGGGACUUGGUUAACACAAUAGAAAACAAGGUGGCUCAAGUCUCAAAUCUGUUUUUUCCCAUGGGGUUUACAAACAGAAUUAUUGUCUGUAGUAUUUAGCCUUUGGGGAUAUAUUUCUGUGAUUCAGUUUCUUGUUCUUAAUUUCAACCCUGGACACAGAUAAACUUUUCCCUGGUGAGUGGUUUUAGACUUGCCUUGUCCAGCCUGUUGCCACAUGGAAUUAACAGUCUCACCCAGAGUGACUUGACUGUGGUGGGUUGGAUUCUGAAAGAUGUAAUCUCAGCAUAUCCAGAGGCUACCAGAGCGGAGAAAGCCGUCUUAGACUUCUUUCCCCCCUUGGUUUACCUUUCUGCCCUUCACUGUGCUCCUUUUUGUGUGUCUGACCAAAAUUGGUGGUGCUUAGAUUUCUUGCCUCUUAAUUCAGAUUAAACUAGAGGGAUGGGAGAGAUGGAGUGCUUGGAGGUGUUUAGAUUACUCAAGCUCAUUUGUAUUAACCCCAAGGAAUUCUGUGAAAUGGGGAUAUAGCAUUUCUCCACUGGAGAGCCUUAAACACUCUCCUGCUGUGCACAGUUCCCCAGGUUUGGAAGCCCAAAGAGUUAAACUGAGUUUAAAUCACUUACAAAGAAAUGGACUUGUGCCUCUGGACAGAUGUGAGAAUGCCUCCAACAUGCCCACUUGACAUCUCAACCAUCUAUUUUCUCUCAAGAUUGCUUUCCACAUAUUUAUAAUUUGCAUUGUGCUACUUUCCAAUUAGUUGUGCACAGAUUAAUCUGUUCUUACCAAAGUUCUUACUUUAAACCUUUUGUAUCCUGCCCCCAGUAUUUUCCUUUGCAAAAACUUUUAUUGGAAAGCAUCUUGUUUUGUACCUCCAUGAGUUUUAAUUAGCUGCAUAUAUGAGGACAGGGGAAUGUCUUGAUGCAUCUUUGAUUUAAUGCCUUCCUCUCCUCAAUUUAAGUCUAUUUAGAACUGGUUAUUUAGCAUUUUACUGUGAAGCAGGUUUCUUUUCUUUUCUUUUAUGAGAAAAAUCAGUUCAGGAAAAAUAUUUUCCUCUGAUUACCAUAAAAGACUGCCAAAGGUUUUGUGUUCUGACAUAAAGUCACCUUAAUGCACCACUGGGGACUAUAGAUGCAAGAGUCCUUCAGCAAGGGACUGGUUUGAAAAUGACAAAAAAAAAAAAACCUUUAAAAAUCUUUAAAAAAAACAAAGCACUUUAUUAUGUACCAGGUGAACUGAUUCAGCUUGAUGGAACUUUUUCCUUUGUAACACCUUGUUGAUGCCAGAAUUUUUUGUAUUCUGUUUUGUAAGAAUUUAAUAAAUGCAUUCAAACAUGUCAA